AUGGCAGCGGCGGCCGGGCGGCGGUGGUGGUGGUUCCUCUGGGCGGCAGUGCUUGCACAUGUGGCAUCAGGUGCGGGUUUUGUGGUGGAUCUAGACGAAUCGUUUAAAGAAAACCGUAAAGAUGAUAUUUGGCUCGUAGAUUUUUAUGCACCUUGGUGUGGCCACUGCAAGAAACUGGAGCCUGUGUGGAAUGAAGUGGGUAUAGAAAUGGAACGCAUGGGCUCUCCAGUAAAAGUUGGGAAGAUGGAUGCAACUUCUUUUUCUAGUAUUGCAUCUGAAUUUGGAGUGCGUGGCUAUCCAACAAUUAAACUCUUAAAAGGUGACUUGGCAUACAACUAUAGAGGACCUAGAACUAAAGAUGACAUAGUUGAAUUUGCUAAUAGAGUGGCAGGACCUCUUAUCAGGCCACUUCCUAGCCAGCAUAUGUUUGAGCAUGUGCAGAAGAGACAUCGUGUACUUUUUGUAUAUGUUGGUGGUGAAUCUCCUUUAAAGGAAAAAUACAUUGAUGUUGCAUCAGAACUAAUAGUUUAUACAUACUUUUUUUCUGCCUCAGAAAAUGUGCUGCCUAAGUAUGUGACAUUGCCUGAAUUGCCUGCUGUUGUGGUCUUCAAAGAUGGAACUUACUUUGUUUAUGAUGAGUAUGAAGAUGGUGAUUUGUCAUCCUGGAUAAACAGAGAGAGAUUUCAAGGUUAUCUUAAUGUAGAUGGCUUUACACUUUAUGAACUUGGAGAUACAGGAAAACUUGUGGCUAUUGCAGUAAUUGAUGAUAAAAACUCUUCAGUGGAACACACCAGACUAAAAUCUAUUAUUCAGGAAGUUGCUAGAGAUUAUCGGGAUAAUUUUCACAGUGAGCUGACAAUCCCUACUAUUGUUGUCUUGAAUACCUCCAAUCAGCAGUAUUUUCUACCAGACAGACACAUUGAGAACACAAAAGACAUGGUUAAGUUCAUUAACAAUAUCUUGGAUGGUACUGCUGAAGCACAGGGUGGUGAUGGACUCCUGCAACGAAUCAAGAGAGUAAUCUAUGAUGCAAAGUCUACUGUAAUGUCUGUGUUCAAGAGUUCACCACUUCUGGGAUGCUUUCUCUUUGGGUUGCCCCUGGGGGUGAUCAGCAUCAUGUGUUAUGGCAUCUGCACAGCUGAUCCAGAUGGAGGGGUAGAUGAGCAUGAGACAGCUAAAAAGGAGAGCAGUGAUCGGGAGCUCACAGAUGAAGGCACUGAGGAGGAACAAGAGGAAGGAAAGAACGGAAGAGACACAGAACUUUCAGAUGAUGAGCUUCAACAGAAAGACCUCAUGGAAAAGAAAAAAGACUAACUUGUUUAGCGAAAGUGUUCUCUAGGAUUUCAAAAAACACUUAUUUAUUGAAGGUAGUCAUUUGUUGAUGAUCAUUAUAAAAAAGGACCUUUUUGUUUGCGUU